AUGACGAAGUUGACCGGGAAGGAUGUCCCGUUUGUUUGGUCAGCUGAGUGUGAGGAGAGCUUUAGUCAGCUCAAGGAGAUGUUGACUACUACACCAGUGUUGGCGUUACCCGAGCCAGGGAAGCCUUACAUGGUGUAUACAGAUGCUUCAGGCAUUGGUCUUGGUUGUGUGCUGAUGCAGGAGGGCAGAGUGAUAGCAUAUGCUUCGAGACAGUGGCAGGGCAGUGAGCGUAACCGUCCUACACAUGACUUAGAGUUGGGAGCAGUGAUCUUCGCGUUGAAGAUUUGGAGGUCUUACUUGCUAGGUGAGACAGUACAGGUCUUCACGGAUCACAAGAGUUUGCAGCAUAUCUUCACUCAGCCGAUGAUGAACGCGAGACAGACGCGCUGGGUUGAGUUCUUGGCGGAUUAUCAGGUGAGCAUUAACUACCAUCCGGGCAAGGCUAACCUAGUGGCGGACGCGUUGAGUAGACGGAGGUAUGAUUCCGCAGUUGAGCGAGAUGUGGAGUCUCUAGUUGGCGAGAUCAGUACCUUGCGUUUGUGUGCCAUUUCGCAGGAGCCUUUGGGUUUAGAGGCAGUGGAUCAGGCGGAUCUACUUAGCAGGAUCAGAGUUGCUCAGCAGAGUGAUCAGAGUUUGCUAGAUGCGACGAGAGUGACUGGUUCUGAGUAUGAGGUCUCUGCGAAUGGGACUAUCUUGGUUCGUGGGCGAGUUUGUGUGCCUAAGGAUGUGGAGUUGAGACAUCAGAUUUUGGGAGAGGCUCACGCGAGCAAGUUUUCCAUUCAUCCGGGAGCGACCAAGAUGUACCAUGACCUCAAGAGGUACUAUCAUUGGGUCGGGAUGAAGAGGGAUGUAGCAGACUGGGUUGCGAAGUGCAACACUUGUGCCUUGGUGAAGGCAGAGCAUCAGGUUCCGGGUGGUCUUUUGCAGAGUUUACCCAUUCCAGAGUGGAAGUGGGACAGGAUUACGAUGGAUUUCGUGGUUGGACUACCUGUUUCGAGGACUUUCGAUGCUAUUGGGAAGUUUGUGCGAGAGAUUGUGAGGCUGCAUGGAGUGCCAGCUAGUAUUGUGUCAGACCGUGAUCCCAGAUUCACUUCAGAGUUUUGGAGGGCGUUUCAGGCAGAGAUGGGCACUAAGGUGCAUCUGAGUACAGCUUAUCAUCCGCAGACAGAUGGUCAGUCAGAGAGGACUAUUCAGACUUUGGAGGAUUUGCUGAGGAUGUGUGUGUUGGAUUGGGGUGGCCAUUGGGCAGAUCACCUGAGCUUAGUUGAGUUUGCAUACAACAACAGCUUUCAGGCGAGUAUUGGCAUGGCUCCAUUUCGAGGCUUUGUAUGGGAGGCCAUGUAG